AUGGAGAUAGUUCGUGAAUCCAGUUUCUUCAAAGAGCGAGGAGCAUUUGCGCUCCCUACGCCGGAUGAGGUGCGAGUACUGGGUGCAUUAACGGGCGAUUCACGCAGCGAAGACUUCAAUCGGCCGCCCCCUGUGAUCCUUCCGUCGCUAGGACUGCUUGUAAAGUACGGUGCCGAUGUGACUAUAGUUGAAGCUAGGACACAAAUGAUGAUCCACAAGCAACUGCAGGACCAAGUACUCGUUCCUGAAGUCUUCGGCUGGGCUGAAGAAGGAGGUCAACGGUUCAUCUACAUGUCCUACAUCGAAGGCGAUACGUUGGCAGAGAGAUGGCCUGGUCUCAACGAGAGGGAAAGACGAAAUGUUUGCAAAGAACUCAGGCAAAUGGUCUAUGCCUGGAGGACACUGGAGCAUGGUAGACAGGGCCAGUACGUUGGUAGUCUGGGGGGACAGCCGCUGAACGAAAUAUUUCUGAGAAAUCACCCGGCACUUGCUGGGCCUUUCCAAGGCGCAGGCGCGGUCCAACACUUUCAAGCUGGUUGCGGGAUUGACAUCAGUCCUGAAGUGGACACUGUGUUCACACACGAUGAUCUUGUUCCUUGUAAUAUCAUGCUGUCAUCCGGACCUGAUCCAAAAGUGGCCGCAGUUAUUGAUUGGGGCCAAGCUGGAUGGUACCCUACGUACUGGGAAUUCUGUAAGGCGCGGCGGGUCAAGCUACUGCCCGAAUGUUUCGACAGCGGCUCUCAAGAGGAGUGGCAUGCGACGUACUUGCCACUGAUAGUAGACGCAGUGGACGAGGAAACCUAUUACCACCCUUGGCUUUGGUUUUUCCUUUCCAAGGGCAUAUGA